AUGCUUAAAUAAAGUAGAUCAAAAGAGCAAUCUUUAGGUAAAUUGGUAUUUCAAUACACAUGAUAAUUAGAUGAAGAUAUAUGUUUCACAAAUGCUACUUAAUUCAGGUAUUAGUAGUUGUCAAGAACAAGGAAUCAAUCUUCUAGCUGAAUUUUUUAUAAAGAGUAAUUUCAUAAUAUUUAAAUAAGUAAUUCGAAAUGUGGGUUCUAAAUCAAAAAAAUUAUAUGAAUUAUAAGGAAGAUAAGAAGGAGACAUUUUUCAUGUAUUAAUGGCACUUGAUACAUUGAGUAUUACUUGUACAUCCUUAUUGUAGCAUUUCAAAAGAAAUAAUAACAAUAAUGAUUUAUCUCUCAAUAGAUUACUUACAUAAGUUAUGGAAUCAAUAUAUAAAGAAAAAUACAAUUCAUAAGAAAUUGAUGAAUAAAAUAAUUUAAGGCAAAGAUAUCAAUUAUCAAUAUAAUCAUUAAAUCAACCUUCAACUAAUAUUUGUUCCUUAAAUACACUAUUAUAUGCUCCAGUUAUCUUUAAAAAUGAGAAAGUACAAAAAUAAAGGAAAGAAUUAACUGAGAAAUAAUUAAAAGAAGAAAAAAGAAAAUAUUAAUAUUAAUUUGAUGAGGAUUAUUUUUCUAAAUAAUUAGGAAAAAAUAAAUAAAAAGAUCGUAAAUAAGAACUUGACUUAAAUCCAUAUAAUGCUCCUCUUAAACGCAAAUAAGCCAUUAAGGCAUUAGAUUAAAUGUUAUGA